CGGGUUUGCUAAUGAGAGACGUAAUUAACCCGGAAAAAAGCGACGGCGGAGCCGCGGGCACACCCCCUCCGCCGCCCGGCCCUCCUCCGCGGCUCGGCGUGCGCGCAGCCCGCAGCCCCCGGCCCGGCCAUGCGCGGGGGGCGCAGCCCAGGGACGUCGCGGGGGUGAUGCCAGAAGGAGCCCGGCAUGCCGUACCUGGACCGACAGAACCGUAUCUGCGGGUUCCUGGACAUCGAGGAAAAUGAGACCUGCGGCAAGUUUCUGCGGAGGUAUUUCAUCCUGGACACCCAGGCCAACUGCCUGCUGUGGUACAUGGACAACCCGCAGAACCUGGCCAUCGGUGCGGGUGCUGUUGGAUCUCUGCAGCUGACCUACAUCUCCAAGGUCAGCAUCGCCACCCCGAAACAGAAACCGAAAACUCCGUUCUGCUUUGUUAUCAAUGCUUUAUCUCAGCGCUACUUCCUGCAAGCCAGCGAUCAGAAAGACCUGCAGGACUGGGUGGAGGCUCUCAACCGGGCCAGCAAGAUCACGGUGCCGAAGGGCGGCGGCGUCCCACCCGCCGCAGAGAUCACGAAGCCCCCGGCGGUGCCGCAGGCGCAGGACAGGAAGCCUCAGGUUGCCUACAAAACCGAGAUCAUCGGCGGCGUGGUGGUGCACACCCCCAUCUCCAUCAACCAGAAUGGAGGGGACGGGGCAGAGGGCAGCGACCUGGCCGCCCACCCACUGCUGCGGCGCUCGCAGAGCUACAUCCCCAUCUCGGCCACCAAGCCGCCCGCCGGGCCCCCUGCCAUCAAGAGCGGCUACUGCGUGAAGCAGGGGAACGUGAGGAAGAGCUGGAAGCGCCGGUACUUUGUCCUCGACGAAUUCUCCAUCAGUUACUACAAGUGUGAGCAGGACAAGGAGCCCUUGCGUUCGAUUCUCCUGAAGGACGUGUGCAAGACCCACGAAUGCCUGGUCAAGUCUGGUGACCUCCUGAUGCGGGACAACCUCUUUGAAAUCAUAACGAGCUCCAGGACCUUCUACAUCCAGGCGGACAGCCCCGAGGACAUGCACAGCUGGAUCCGCGCCAUCGCAGGGGCAGUUCAGGCCCUGAAAACCCGCCCGAGGGAAAUCUCCUUCAUGAGGUCCUGCUCCAUGACCAAGCCAGCCCCUUCCCAGCAGAGGCAGCUGGCGGAGGAGAGGAAAGCGCUUUGCAAAGCCCCCUCGACCUCGUCCUGGCAGCCGUGGACACCGGUGCCCCAGGCGGAGGGGAAGCAGCCGGCGCUGGCGGAGGUGCCGGUGCAGAUGAGGGACUCCGUGUUCGUGCCGGCAUUCACCGAGCGCGAUGUCGGUGCCAUGCCGGGCCAGCGCCUGCGGCACAGGUCGGAGCCGCAGCACCUCAAGGAGAAGUCCUUUGCCUUCGACCUGGACGAUGAAAGCAUCCGGACCUCCGACGUCUGACGGCGCUGAGCCACGCCACGGCUGCAGGGUGCGGGGACUUCGGGACACGUGGCCGCUGCCGCGCUGGUGGGGCUGGAAGAGCUGGUCUCCUUGGUACUUCUGCCCAGCCCUUGGGACCUGGCCUGCCCCGUCGCCUCGGCUGGGCCGAGAUUUGGCUCCUUUCCUCCACCGCCGUUCCUUCAUGCGGUGCUGGGCUGGGCCAGACGUGCUCCCUGGUGCCUGUGCUCUGCUGGGAGAAGCGGGGCUCCUGUCCUGCUCACCCCUCAGUUGUGUCUCGGUGAGCCAGGGGCUGUGGUCUGGUAGCGGCUGGCUGAGGUAGUUUGGGGUUUGGGCAAGCCGCCUCCACCCCGGCACUGCGUGCCUCCUGCGCAGGGUGGGAAGCGCCAGCUCCCCACUGCCCAGUGGAGGGGUGUCCUCUGCAGCAAAUGCAUCAUUUCUCCCCCAAAACAACCCUGGAAGAAACAGCAGGAGGACUCAGAAGCAGGAAAGGGGGGGAGUGAGGUGGCCUUUCUCAUUUCUGGAUAAAUGUUUUUCUCCUCUUUUGUGCUGCUCAGUCUUCCCCCGGCACAGCCAGGGAGCCGCACCACAGCGCAGCUGUGCUCGGAGCAGAGGAAGCGCUGCAACUUCCAGUGCUGAUGACAUUUUUUCCAGGAGACCAGCUCUUUGCCCUGUUCGACUAAUGGUGUAUUGGCAAAUCUGUUUGCUUUUAA